AGGUUACUAAGGUUAUCUGAAGCGAUAAAAACAAAAUGGAUGCGAAUUUAUGGGAAGAUCGAGAUGUUCGCUUUGAUAUCACUCUUCAACAAAUGCAGUUACGUGCGGGAGAGGUUAUGAUUGACAAGCUGGAUUCUGUUGAAGAUACAAAAGGAAAUAAUGGAGACAGAGGGAGAUUGCUUGUCACAAAUCUCAGGCUUAUUUGGCACUCUCAGAGUAUGCCAAGAGUGAAUCUCUCUGUGGGGUUUUCAUGUGUCGUGAAUAUUUCAACAAGAACAGCUCACUCAAAACUCAGAGGUCAGACAGAGGCCUUGUACAUUUUAACCAAAUGCAACAACACAAGAUUUGAAUUUAUUUUCACCAAUCUGGUCUCUGGAAGUCCCAGGCUUUUCACCACUGUCAUUUCAGUAUUCAGGGCUUAUGAGUCAUCAAAACUGUACAGAGACCUAAAACUUAGAGGAGCCCUAAUUCUCAACAAACAACUUCGGCUGCUACCUCUAGAGCAAGUUUAUGAUAAGAUCAAUGGAGUGUGGAAUCUCUCUAGCGAUCAGGGCAAUCUUGGCACAUUUUACAUCACCAAUGUACGGCUUGUGUGGCAUGCCAACAUGAACGACACAUUCAACGUCAGCAUUCCAUAUUUGCAAAUGAAAACAGUGCGUAUCCGCGAUUCCAAAUUUGGAUUGGCAUUAGUCGUUGAAACGUCACAGCAGAGUGGAGGGUAUGUGCUUGGUUUUCGUGUCGAUCCAGUAGAAAAACUCCAAGAAGCAGUCAAAGAAAUCCAAAGUUUACAAAAGGUGUAUAGUGCAAGCCCAAUAUUUGGCGUAGAGUUUGAAACUGAGGAUAAGCCUGAAGCCUUGGAUAAAAUUACUGUGGAUCCGGUACAGGACGAUAUCGAGAUUGUGAAUGAGGGGUCAACUGAUGCGUUCGCUGCGUACUUUGCAGAUGGUGAAAAAACGAGUGACCGUGAGCCCGUCUACUCAGAUAAUCUUGGUCUCGCUGUGGAGAAACUAAAAGACGGCUUUACGUUACAAGGCUUAUGGGAAGUUGUCACCAAUUAGUCACUUCGAUGUCAACAGGAUAAGUAGAAAAGGGCGCAGUCCUUUUUGUAAAUAUGAUCUUGAGAAACAUUCAACCCCUUGAAAACAGCAGCAGUUAAACGCCCAGUAUGGCAAUUUCACGCUUGGUUUAAAAGAGAUCAAAAGGAAUGUUGGCGAACUUCUUCACGGAAUCAUCCACCAUUCUCUACAAACAGCAAAGCACAUAUAUAGCUGAGCCCGGCAUUUUUUUCGUUCUCUCAGACAUAGCAUACCGUUGCAUUCGCCAGUUAUCUUUGUUAAACGGGGCAGGCCAUAUUUCUUGCACUGUUGAGAGUUACACAGUCAUCAGCAUGUAAAUAUUAGGGUUGGUUGUAAAUAAACAAUAUCUAUGAA